AUGUCCUUCGCUCGUUACACCGCGGCUCUACUGCCGGCAGCCAUACUUGGUGCUGCCUUGACCAUUCCUGACGACAACCGCAUGGUUCAACAAGACGGACUCAUUCGAUAUCCCGUCAUCCCCAAACAAGGAGGUCCUAUUUUUGGCAAACACUCCAACUUCACUAAGAGACAAAUCGAUACCGGCAGCCUUGGUCAGCGCUCCGGCACCCUUUACACUAUCGAGGUUACCCUCGGCACACCGGGCCAAACGGUUCCUGUCCAGUUCGACACCGGCUCGUCCGAGCUUUGGGUGAAUCCCGUUUGUUCCAAGUCCACGACCCCCGACUUCUGCAAUGCACAACCACGCUUCACCGAGUCUUCUACCUUGGUGGACCUUGGCGAGCAGGGUCAUGUCACCUACGGGACCGGCUACGCUGACUUUGAGUACAUUGCCGACUACGUCGGCAUUGGGUCGGCUAGAAUCACACAACAGAUCUUUGGCGCCGCGUUCGACAGCGCCCACGCGGUCGUCGGCCUCAUGGGCGCCGGGCCGUCACUCGAGGGGUGGGAGAACGGUUAUCCCCUGGUCGUUGACUCUUUGGCCCAGCAGGGACUCACCAACAGCAGAGCCUUUAGCAUGGACCUGAGGGGUUUUGAUAGCGCACGGGGAUCCGUAAUCUUCGGCGGAAUCGACACCAAGAAGUACUCAGGUACCCUCAUCAAACGUCCCAUCAUCCCCGCCGCACAGUCACCCGACGGCCUUACCAGGUUCUGGGUCUACCUCAACGGUAUCUCGGUCAACCAGCCAGACGGUAACGUUGUCACCGUGUACAGCACGCCCAACGGUGGCGAGGGUCAGGCUUUCUUGCUGGACAGCGGAUAUACUCUCAGCGCCCUGCCCGCACCCAUCAUGCAAAACCUUGUCUCUGCCUUCCCGUCUGCCGAAUAUAUCGCAGACGCCGAUUUGUAUGUGGUCGACUGCCUGGAUCCUGGCCAGGGGGGUUCCCUUGACUUCACAUUUGGCGCCAAGGUCAUUAAUGUGCCGUACUAUGACUUCGUUUGGCAUGUUCCUGACUCUGACCUCUGCGUCUUGGGUGCCUUUACCGAUGACUUCCCUGUACUUGGCGAUACAUUCCUUCGCGCUGCGUAUGUUGUCUAUGACUGGGACAACCGCAUGAUCCACUUGGGCCAGUCUGAUGAUUGCGGCUCGGAGCUCAUUCCCAUUGGAAACGGCCCUGAUGCAGUUCCGUCUGUUGGUGGAUGCGGCCAAACGACGCCGACUUCGACAUCGACGACCUCAACUUCCACAAGUACAUCGACCUCCUUCGAGUCAUCCACUACGGCGCCCCCGUCCACCACUACCACAGGCACACCCACAGCCCCCAUCACGACCUCCUCGUCUACCAUCAGCCGCAGCACAAUAACCACAACCACCUCCACCACCUACACCGUCACCUCCUGCCCGCCCACCGUUCCCGACUGCCCACUGCACCACCUGACCACCGAAAUCAUCACCGCCACCACGGUCAUCUGCCCCGAAACCACCGCCACCUACACCAUCCACCAAACCCUCCCUUGCGCCUCCUUUUCCCCUUCCGCCGCCUGCCCGCCCGCCCACACCCAGACCACCGACUUCACCGUCACCGUGUCACCGCUGCCGCCCGCCCAGCGAACUACUCCCCGGGGCGUGCCGGGCUGCACGCCGGGUGCAGCGGGGCCGACCGUUUGCGCGCAGUGCGGGCCUGGGGGUGCUAAGGUGACGACGCUGGUGACGGCGGUGCCGACGGCUGGGUGCGUUGGCUGUCCGGUUGGGGGUGGGGGUGGUGGGAAUGGAACUGUCACGGCUGGCGGGGUGAAACCGACGGGUGGGGUGAAGCCGACGGGUGGGGUGGUUACUGGUAGCGCUGGUGCUGUUCAAGUGCUCAAAGGUUGGGGGGUGUUUGGGAUCGUGGUGGCGGUGGGAGUGCUGGGGUUGUGA